AUUGCUGAAGCUAUGUCGAGUCAGCCGCUAACGCUCAAAAGGAUCGAAGAAAUCGUUGCCCCAAGGCCUGAGGACAAGCAGUACACAGAAGACGAGUUGCGCGAGUGUGAAGAGAUCCUUAUCGAGUUCGCAAAGAAGCUUGCCAAGGAAGAAAACAUUGCUGAUCUGAGAAAGUUGCUCGUGAUUACUCGUCCAUUCUAUGAUGUUGUUGGUAAGGCUAAGGCCAGCAAACUUGUCCGAGCGUUAGUGGAGUGCUGCCUAACAGUACAUCAAGAAAACAAUGAGAAGGUUACUCUGGUGCAAGAAUGUAUAGAGUGGGCCACUCAUAACAGUCGACUCUUCUUGCGCCGAACGUUACAAGCUCGUCUAAUGCGACUCUAUAAUGAUAUAGGACGACAUGUCGAAGCGCAGAAACUUGCUGGACCGUUGGUAUCCGAACUGAAGAAAUUGGAAGAUAGAGAGUUGAUAAUGGAAGUGACUUUGGAAGAAAGUAAAAGCGCGUUUGCUCUUAAGAACUUUGCCAAGGCCAAGACAGCGCUCGUUCUCGCCAGAACCAAUGCAAACGCAGGAGCCUAUGUUUCCACACAGAUGCAGGCCGCUCUCGAUCUCCAAUCCGGGAUACUCUAUUCUGCAGAUGAGAAGGACUUCAAAACCGCGUACUCGUACUGUUAUGAAGCACUUGAAGGCUAUUUACUAACCGAAAAAAGUAAAGCUGUUAAAGCACUUAAAUACAUGUGUCUCUGUAAGAUAAUGUUAAAUGAAGCGGAUUCAAUUCCUUUACUGCUAUCGACAAAGGUUUUGCAACCUGUCCAAGGGAGGGAGGUGGAUGCGAUGAAAUGUAUGGCAGAAGCGUUCAAGGAAAGGAGCUUGAGUAAAUUCAAUAAGUGCCUCAAAGAAUAUCAUGUCGAGCUGAUGAACGAUCCAGUAGUCUCUGCACACUCAAGACAACUCCGUGACAGUAUGCUAGAGAAGGAGAUUUCCCGCGUAAUCGAGCCGUACUCAGAGAUUGACUUGCAUCACAUACAGCAGUGCGUUGGUCUAACCGCGAAGCAGAUUGAACGAGCUGUCUGUACGAUGUUACUGGACAAGAAAUUUUAUGGCGUGAUCGAUCAGCAUAACGGCACCGUACAUGUCUACCAAACUCCUCAUAAGGACAAAACCUAUCAGAAAUCCGUGGAACUGAUUCGUGCACUCUCCAAGACUGUUGACAAUAUCUACAGUCGUGCUGGCACACUUUUGAAAUAAAAAUGAAAUCGCAAAUGAUUUCACUUAUAAUAAAUCUUGUGA